AUGUCAAAUUAUAAAUAAAUUAGAUUAUUAGAAGUAGAAGAACAUCUUUUAUUAAAAACUAAUUGUUUUUAUUCCUUUAAGAAUCUUCAAAUAAUCUUCAAAUUUACAAAGCUUUAAGAAAAAAUUUAUAAAAAGUAUUUGGAAUUUCCAGUUUCAGGAGGAAGACAAAGUUGUGAUUUUUAUUUUCCCGCUUAAUUUAACAAGCUAAUAAAUCUAUAAGUUCUAAAAAAUGGAAGAUGUCUAAAUUUAAUUUAAAAUAACUAUUAAUCUUAAAAAUAAAAAAUUUAUUAAUUUAAUGCAAUUAUUAAUAAGUUAUUAAAUUUUGAAAACUUGAAGUCUCAAGAACUUAUGGAACUAUAAUUAAGAAUGGGAACUUGUUGGUGA